AUGAGCAGCAUCGACGAAAAGAAGUCCUUCCAGGACGGGAAAGUUGGCUCCACAACACCCGAAGAGGUCGAAGGCGAUGUCCUGGAUGUCCUUGGUUAUCGCCAGGAACUCUCCCGGAACAGGAGCAUGUUCACGCUGCUCUUCCAGUCGCUUGCGAUCGCCGCCAUCCCGUACGGUGAAGGGAGUCCGAUGAUUUCUGCCAUCUACGGAGGCGGACAAUUAUCCCUCUUCGUGGGCUGGAUCGUGGUCCUGGUGCUGGAUCAGUGCAUCGCCAUCUCUCUCGGGGAACUUGCUAGUCGAUAUCCCACGUCUGGAGGACCGAGCUUUUGGUCCUUUCAGGUUGCGCCCAAGUAUAAGACUGAGUUCGCAUACGUGAGUUGGUGGAGUACAUUGUGUAGAGGCGGAUGAGAUUCCCUGACGGGAGACAGAUCACAGGAUGGGUCUGGCUCAUUGGCAACUGGACCAUAACACUCUCCGUCAACUUUGGUUUCGCCUCCCUCCUAUCCGGUACCAUCGCCAUGUAUCAUCCCGACUUCGUGCUGAACGACUGGCAGCUCCUGCUGGUCUUCUACGCGAUUACGCUCGCCACGUUUGUGAUAUGUGCCUUCUUCAACCGCUACUUACCAAUGGUAGACACGAUAUGUGCCGGUAUGUCGCAAGCCUCCCGCAGUGAAAGUCAUUGCUGAUCACGACGUAGCGUUCACGGCUCUGUCCAUACUGAUCAUCCUUAUCGCUCUGUCGGUGAAAGCAGACGCCGGCAGAAACUCCGCGGGCGUCGCUCUAGGGAACUACGAUACGUCCUUCUCUGGCUGGGGUGGCUUCACGUUCUUUAUCGGACUAUUGCCAGCUGCGUAUACUUUCAGCGCGCUCGGUAUGAUCUCGUCCAUGGCAGAGGAAUGCGCGGAGCCCGCAACGAAGGUUCCGACCGCUAUCAGCCUGUCUGUGUCCCGCAGUAACAUGAUCACUCGCGGCGUCUUUACUGAUCGUCGUACAGAUGCAUUCCCGUCGGUGGCCUCGCAGGGUUCUUCUUCAUCCUACCGAUAUGCGUCACCAUGCCCCCGCUCGCCGAUGUGAUCAACGCCCCUGCUGCCCAAGCGUUGCCAUACAUCUUUGCCAGAGUAAUGGGAUCACCGGGCGGCGGGCUCGCGUUGAUCUUCUUCGUCCUGAUCGUCACCGUCUUCUGCUCAAUCAGCAUCACCACAGCGGCUUCCAGAUGCACCUGGGCCUUUGCUCGAGACGACGCGAUCCCCGGCGCAAAGCUUUGGGCCAAGGUCCACCCGAAACUCGGGGUACCCGUCUGGUCUCUCGCGUUGGUGACUCUUGUCCAAAUGCUUCUGGGCCUCAUCAAUCUCGGAAGCUCCUCUGCUUUCACUGCCUUUGUCUCGGUCGGCGUGCAAGCUCUAGCUCUGACCUACGCCAUUCCGAUCGCUCUCAGUCUCUUCUGCGGGCGACGAGAAGUAAAGAAGGCUCAAUGGAAGCUGCCGUACGGUCUAGGAACGAUCGCGAAUGUAAUGGCACUUCUGUGGAUCGGGUUUGAACUGGUUCUCUUUUCCAUGCCGACAGCGCUACCUGUCACAGCGACGUCAAUGAAUUACGCAAGUGUGGUUUUGGUAGGAUUUGGCGCGAUCGCCGCUGUGUGGUAUGCGAUACAUUCGAGGAAAUGUAAGUUCACCCUCUCUGCGCUGAGAACGUGGUUUGCUGACAGCGAUAACAGCAUAUAGAGGACCGCCGGCAUCAGAAGGCUUGUAG